GGGGGAGCUCUGAUAGCGUUAUGUGGAUCACGUGAUUAGUGAGGGAACCCGGAAGUGUCUGAUGGCUGUAGUGAAGCUGAAGAAGCUGGAAGGACUCUGAGGGGCCCCUGUGUGUCCCCCUUGGUGCUCCCCCCCACCCUAGCGCUCCUCGUGGGUCCGCGCUCUCAGAUAUGAUGCCGCUGUUCUUCAGGAAGCAGAAGCUGAGUGGGGAGGCCAGAAAACGCCUGGAAUAUCAGAUGUGCCUGGCGAAAGAAGCCGGAGCGGAUGAUAUCCUGGACAUCUCCAAAUGUGAACUAUCAGAGGUCCCCGAUGCUGCUUUCUCCACCUGCCGGGCCCUGCAGAAGAAGGUAUUGAUCCUUCAUAGCAAUUUUUUAUCUAAUCUGCUCCCCAAAUCCUGCCAGAUCCUGGACUUGGCCACCUUGAAGGUUCUAGAUCUCCAUGACAACCAGAUCUCAUCGCUCCCUGCAGACAUAGGACAGCUGAAGUCUUUACGGGUGCUGAACGUCGAGCGGAACAUUUUGCGUUCCCUCCCUGACUCCAUUGGGGACUUAGUCCAGCUACAGACCUUGAAUGUGAAUGGGAAUAAACUGAAGCUGCUUCCGACGACUAUCGGGGGUCUGCACUCUCUGCGCACGUUGAACGUCAGCGAGAAUAGACUACGAGAGCUUCCUCGUUCUCUGGCGAAUGUCCGCACAUUAGAGACCCUGACUCUGGACGCUUCAGGGAUGGUCUUUCCUCCGGCCUCGGUGUGCAGCGAGGGGACAGAGGCGAUCCAGCAGUUUCUCUGCAAGGAGCUCGGCAUGGAGUACUGUCCCCCCUCUCAGUACUUGCUCUCAGUCCUGGAGAACGACACGUGCGAUGCUGCUGCGGACGCACUAGAUGGCGCUCUUCUAAUGUCUUUGAAAGAGGAGACUGAAUGGCAGAACAAAUUCUCUGAAUAUGAGAAGAGAAAGGAACAGAAAAUGUUAGAAAAACUGGAUUUUGAGCGUCGCCUUGACCUGGGGCAGAGGGAACACGCUCAGCUUCUCCUACAGUACAACUCUCAGAGGAAUGAGAUCUUACAGACUGCGCGGGAGGAACAAUUGCGGUUGGAGAAAGGUCUGAACAAGCACCAGCGGCAGAUGCAGGACGAUCGACAGAAGCUGCAGGAACAGCUGAAACAGAUGGAGAAGGGAAUCUCAUGCCGGAUCUCUAAUCUACUGGAAGAGAACCGCAGGCAGAAGCAGAGUGCGUCUAUUCUGAAGUCCCUGGAGGAUGAGAGGAUCAAAAUGGAGCAGCUUAUGGCAAUUACCCAGGAGGAGGCGGAAAAUCUGCGCCGCAAGGAAGUUGCAUCGGCGAUGCAGCAGAUGCUGGAGGAAACCUACAAGAACAAACUGCUGCAGAUGGCGUACGAGACCCGGCGGCAGGAGAUGGUGUAUCAGACCUGCUCCAGCUUGGCCCUAAUGGAUCACAAGAUCCAGCAGAUUCAGGCGUGGCAGCAGCUGGAUCAGAAUAAAGCCAUCAGCCAGAUCCUUCAGGAGGCUGAAAUCCAGAAGGCUGCAUUUGAGGCCCUGCAGUUGAAGAAAGAUCUGAUGCACAGGCAAAUACGAGAACAGAUUUUAUUAAUAGAAGCUGAGUUAAUGCAACUGACUCAGCUGGAGGUAAAGAGGAAAGAACUGGAUUCGGAGGAACUUCAGUGGGCAAUAUCUGAGCAGCGCCGGGAGCUGAGUGACCUCCUGCAGCAACUGCUUAAAGACAAGAAACAGAGAGAAGAGGAGCUGUUGGCCAUACUGGUGGAAAUGGAUGAGAAGAGUGAAGCCAGACAAGAAAACUAUUGGUUGAUCCAGUACCAGAGGCUCUUGAACCAGAAACCUCUGUCACUCAGGCUCCAGGAAGAAGGGCUGGAGCAAGAACUGGUGGAUCUCCUCAAGGAACUGUCUGCUGAGAAGUAUUUGCCUAUAUUUGCUCACCAUAGGUUCUGUCUGGAGAUCCUGGAGCAGAUGACACCUGCCGAUCUUAAGAGGAUUGGUGUGGAGGAGGUUGGCCUGCAGAGAUCUAUAAUCGAGAGAGCAAGAGCAAUUCGAAGCUUGAGGAGAGAGUUACCCAAAUCUAUGGAGAAUCUGACCCCCUCGGAGGCUGAACCCAGUGCUCCCCCAUCCAGCCAGCCCAGCCCGAGCACUCCGACACUCCCCUUGCCUGAUUUGGCUAACAGGAUCUCUGAGUGUGUGGUGUGUAUGGAGCUAGAGGUAAGAUACAGAUUGUAUAUGGGCCCAUGUACUCUACGCCAUUCCAGUGCAGCAGCCUUCAAUGAAAUUCUGCUGCACUGUACACACUGCUGAAAUUCUGCAGCGUAA